AUGACCCCCCAGCUCAAACCAGAAUCGCCCCCUGUGGGAGCCGUGGAGACUGGCGGUGAUAGGGAGCUGGAAGAGAGGAAACAUGAGUUUGCUUAUGAGGUCGUACAGGGAUUAUUCAUCCAGAAUGGGCCAAAGCCAAAACACGUCAAAUUCGAAGAACAGCUCAAAAAGAGUUUUGGAUUGAUUGACGAGUCGCCUGAAAGGUGGCAGAACCUCAAGUCAUCUGUGAAAGACCUGCAAGAUGCCGCUCCCGAAGGCGUAUCUUACAAGGUGUUCUUCUUGGGCCGCCAUGGGCAGGGGUGGCAUAACCUUGCGAGCGACAACUUUAGCAAAAAGGAAUGGGAAGCCCGCAUAGCCCGCACCUACCCCACCGCAGACGACCUCCCCUGGGGCCCAGACCCCUACCUCACCCCGCUCGGCAUCUCCCAAGCCCAAGCUAUUAACGCCUGCUGGACCGCCCAAGCCCCCCUCGGCGCGCCAGUCAAGCAAGGAGAGAUGGUGUGGUACUGCUCGCCGUUCACGAGGACGGGCCAGACGUUGAUGGAGAGUUGGAAGGGGCUGGUGGGGGAUGGGAGUGGGGUGGAGGUUAGGGAGGAUUGGAGGGAGUGUUAUGGGUUGUUUGUCUGUGAUCAGAGGUCGACUAAGAGUGUCAUUCAAGAGCGGUUCCCGACCUUCAAGAUCGAGCCUGGAUUCUCAGAACAAGAUGACCUGUGGAAAGCAGAAGACCGAGAGACGGAGGAACACAUGCAGCUCAGAGCUAGACGAGACUUGGACCGGAUAUUCGGCGCGGAAGGUCCUGAGGAGACUUAUAUCUCGAUCACGGGGCACACUGCAAUCUUUAGGAACUUUUUGGCUGUGGUUGGUCAUCAGCCGUACAGACUAGAAACUGGGGAGAUGAUCCCGGUUGUUGUAAAGGCCACGCGGUUAUAG